CCGCUGCUAUUUACGUCGCUUAUAUUUCUACAGGAUUAUGUCCCAAGCGUCGACUCCUAGCCAUACGCCCUCCCUUGCCAGCCUUCCAGUCCCAUUCGUCAACAAAUCUGCUUCGUGAGAGGCAACGGAGCUGAUCAACGAUGAAAAGAUAUGUGGAUUUGGCUUUGACUUCGUUGAAAGAAAUCGAGGAUGCCGACACAAGACUACCUCUGGACGCAAUAGAUCGACUUCGUUACCUGCAAUUGGGCGAUGUCGCCAAGCUACCCCAAAUCAUCGUGGUUGGCGAUCGAUCGUCGGGGAAAAGCUCCAUCCUCCACGCCAUAUCCGGCAUUGAGUUUCCAAUCGACAACGAUCUGGGCACGCGGUUCACUACGGAGCUCAUCUUCCGAAGGGCAAAGAGCCAUUACACUCUCGUCCAAUUUGUCAAGUCGAGUAUCUCGGAAAUCAUCGGCGAGGCUAUUCAAAGAAUGGGCCUUCCAAAGAGCAAGCUGUCACAGGAUAUUUUGCGCAUUGAGGUGUAUAGCCCCAAACUUACCCCUCUCACCCUCAUCGACCUCCCUGGCUUUGUACAGCCUUCGAGUGGGCUGCAAGAGGAGCGAAUACUUGUCGACAAGAUAACCAAACGCUACAUCAAGCAGCCAAAUAGCAUCAUUCUGGUGGCUUCGGCAGCUAAUUGUGCUAUCAACAGAGGGGCUCUCCAAACAGCGAGGAGAUACGACCGCACGGGAGAGCGGACGUUUGGGAUCAUCACAAAGCCUGAUCUACUCAAUGAGGAGUCCAAAACAGAGCUUCAUCUACAAUUUUCCAGAUACGUGGCAAAGUUGCCAAAUCUUCCUCGUGGUUGGCACGUCCUCCGAAACAGAUCACAGACCGAACGGUAUGCCCAAGCCAAUGAAAGAGAUCAAAUCGAAACCCGGUUUAUACAAACGGGAGUCUUAUCAUCUCUGCCUCUAGAGAGACUUGGGAUUCACAGCUUGCGGAAGACUCUCAAUGACGUACUUGUUGGUCACACCGAAAACAAGUUGCAGCAACUCAUUGAAACCAUUCAGUCGAACACGGUUGCGCUCGAAGCCCAGCAAGCCAAACUCACAAAUCUAAGAAUGAACUCAGAGCUUCGAACCUACUUGACUAGCCUUGCGGAUGGCUUCCAUCGAUUGGCACUCGACGCCAUCCAUGGAAAAUACGCAGCCACCUUUUCCAGCUCUCUGCAUAACAGUGAGAUGAAGCCACGAAAGCAAAUACAAAACCUCAACCGUGCCUUUUGUGUCACCAUGUCGACAAAAGGAGCCAGUCGCGUGAUCCAGCAAGACGGUGAAAGAAACUGGAACGUCAAAGACGGAAGGGACCACAGCGGCAAAGAUGAGGAGGUCUCGGUUCGUGAGACCAAGCAGACUCGAUACCCAGAUCCUCUUCAGCCGUUCCUGGACCUCUAUGACUUCCCUGAUCCCGAACCAAUUUCGGAGUCGACACUAAAAUUGCAGCUGGAGCGACUGGCAGCUGUCAACCAGGGCACAGGAUUUCCCGGGAUUCCGAACCGUGAGAUUGCAAUUGGCCUCUUCAAGACUCAAUCCAAGCCGUGGAAAGCGAUAGCCGAGCGCCACAUCGAAAAUGUCACGAGCUACGCCAAGACUUUUGUUGAAAGACUUCUCAAACACGUCCUUGGUUCGGACGAUAGAACUGAAAAGGCGCUAUUGGAGCACGUGGUCACUCCUUUUUUCCGCAAAAGGGGAGAGCAGAUGAGGGUAAAAUUGGAAGAAAUCCUGCAGCCGUAUUCUGAUGGCUGCUCAAUGCCCGACGACGCCGAGUUCCAGGAUUACCUCUCGAAGCGAUCAGUCCAAGACCUGAUGGACCGCGUCGUGGACCGUUUCAGCGAAUGGAACAUGUCAACUUCAACAUACAAGAACCACAUGGAUUCUCUCGAACUCAAAGCAGCGCUACGGAUGCUUGCCAAUGUCGAAAUGUCCCGAAGCUGCAUCUCAGCGGCCGAAAAAGCGCUUAGAAUGGCGACAGCUCAUUAUGAGAUUUCUCGCCGCUCCUUCACUCAGCAUAUUGUCAAUCUCGUCGUGGAGAGCUGUCUAGUGCGCAAAAUCCCGGGAAUGUUCACAGCAAAAUCUGUAGCUCAGAUGGACGAAUUGAAGUUGAGAGAAUUAGUCCCGGUGGCCCAAAUACUUCAAGACUCCGAAACCCUCCAGAAGAAGCUUCACAUUUUGAACGCCGCCCUCCAUCGCAUCCAGCAGUACAAGGUAAGGGAGAAAGAAGGUGGGAAUCACAGCUACUACUUCCAUCCGAGGGAAAUUGUAAGGCCGGAUGACGGUCAUCAAACUGGCAGAUCAGUCCUCACCGUCAACUCUCUUAGCUCCAGUACCAUUUCGAGCAGCCCAAGGAGCGUUUCAUCAAGCACCAGUGUCCAGACUCCAGAUACGAGAUAUUCCAAGAGCCCGUCACCCUCAGAUCCCACAGAGUCACAUCCGUCAACCGACCAUGUCAAGACAACCACCCAAAUUGGCCAAUCCACGCUGUGUCCUGGGUCUGGGACAUCCUACGCCAUGCAUCCAAGAACACCCAACCCGAAUCCAUCCACUGACCAAAGCAAUUGGAACCUCAAUAACACAUCAUGGUCUCAGAACACCGGCAGUCUGGUGGCCUUGACAUCCAGAAGUCUUGAAGAACCUCCAGAGCAACGAAAUACCGAGACGCCCCAGACUCAUUCAACUUCUUCCAAGUCCUCUGAGGAAAUGGAAGUCGGGAAACGAUAUUUAAGAGAUACCCUUCACGUUUUCGCCUACGGCACUGAUGAUUUGAGCACCAUGGAUACCCUGCCACGAAAAGCUUCAGUGCACACGCCUGGGUCAAUGGAAGAGGCUCGGAAAUUAUCCUUCUCCAUCAACCUUGGAUAUAUCCCAGGACCGCUGUGGGACAAAUUUCAACAAGAUAUUUGUACCAGGAACUUUAAAUUAGAAUAG